GUGGUUUUUACCUUAAUGAAGUGGUUUUUAAGUUUUUAUACUUGGUUUCUACAUAAAAUACAUUGUAUAUGAGUUUACAACACUUGGUUUUCAUUUUGGAGAACUUUGGUUUUUGACAUCGGUUUUCGGCGUUGGCUGCCAAACCAUGGUUUACUCAUAUUCUACUCUUUAAGAGCCUUACAUUGCAUCAUUUCAUAGCCUUACAUUGCAUCAUUCCAUAAACUUUUUACAUAGCUUUUUAGAGCCAUUUCUUGAGGAAUUGAGUGUGUUCUUGAUCUAAAUUAGUUUACUCAUAUUCUACUCUUUAAGAGAGUUUUUGUUCUUGAGUGGUUAAGUGUUGUGAACACUUUAAGGGAGGUUUGUUCCCUUGGUUGUACGAUGGAAGGGCAUAUUCCGUCGGGUUGAAGUCUUGGAGUGCGGUAUCUCCGAGCAAGUGUAUUGAGGCUCGUGGGACUCGAGUUCUCAGGUUGUAACGGUUUGUUAAGCACCCGUAAGCUUAACGGAAGUAGUGUAGCUCGAGAGAGUCUCUCAGGAGACUGGACUAGCCACACAUUGUGGUGAACCAGUAUAAAUCUUGGUGUGCUCCCUUUACUCCUUUUUAUUCCGCUCUUUACUUUAUCCUUGCGAUUUUUAUUCCGCGAAAAUUUAUAAACAUUCUCGUGCCUCACUAUUCACCCUCCCUCUAGUGAAGGGCACCUAUUCUAACAAUUGGUAUCAGAGCCCUACUCUCUACAAGCCUUAACCGGUUGAGAGAACGAUCUACAUUUUUUGUUGAGAAUGUCGUAUGCAGGAUUAAGCGAAGGACACUCCACCACUAGACCUCCACUCUUCGAUGGAACAAACUACACUUAUUGGAAGGAGCGAAUGAGGAUUUACAUUCGGUCAAUCAACNUUUUUUGUUGAGAAUGUCGUAUGCAGGAUUAAGUGAAGGACACUCCACCGUUAGACCUCCACUCUUCGAUGGAACAAACUACACCUAUUGGAAGGAACGAAUGAGGAUUUACAUUCGGUCAAUCAACUUCCAACUGUGGUUAAUCAUCAAAAAUGGUGAGACGAUGCCAAUGAAAAAGGUUGGUGAAACCACCAUCCCAAAGAAGGAGGAAGAAUAUGAUGCUGAAGACAUCAAGAAGGUAGAAGCUUUUGAAAAAGCUAAACACGUGAUUUUUUGUGCAAUUAACCCGGAUGACUACCGGAAAAUUUCUUCUUGAUCCACCGCAAAAGAAAUGUGGGAUCAGCUUGAAGUGACAUACGAAGGUACGCCUCAAGUCCGUGAAGCUAAAAUUGAUUUUCUAACCCAUGAAUAUGAGUUGUUUAAAAUGAAGGAAAUUGAAAGCGUUGAUUAAAUGUUCGACCAAUUUUUAAAGAUCAUCAACGAUCUCCAUGUCCUUGGUAAAACAUACUCGAACAAAGAUCUUGUUCGAAAAAUCCUUCGGAGCUUAACAUCAGAAUGGCGUUCAAAAGCCGAUGCCAUAUAUGAGUCAAUUGGUAACACCAAUGUCACCAUCGAGGCUCUUCGAGGUAAUCUUAAAACUUAUGAAUCUACUGUUCUUAAACCUUCUCUUUACAAGAGUCCCGGUCUCGCUCUAAAAGCCUCAUCCUCAAAAAGGGUAGAGGUAAGUGACUCCGAUAGCGAUGACAAUAAUCCUUCUUAUAACUUGCUCGAGAAGUUCCAAGAGUUUUUGAAGGAAGAACUUAGGUCCCGAGAUUGUAAAAGAAAGGGAGAACCCAUUCCAACGUGCUUUGGUUGUGGAGAACUUGGCCACAUAAAGCCAUAUUGCCCAUACCGCAAAGAAAAAAAGGAAUGAACAUACAUGGCAUGGGAUUCGGAAAGUUCUGGUGACGAAACGGCCACCUUAUGUCUUAUGGCUCAUGAACGAAAUGGAGAGGUAAGUACUUCUAACUCUUUCUCAUUUGAAGAAUUACAAGAAGCCUUUCAAGAAUUAUUUGGUGAAUUCAAGAAAACUUCAAAAAUUGCCAAAGAGGCUAAGGCAAAAAUUCAUGCUUUGGAAGAGGAAAUUAAAUUUUUGGAAAAUGAUAAUUUUGACCUCAAAAAUAAAAUUGAGGCAAUGAAUGAAGAUUCUUUCUUUGACCAAAGUUCUACUUGUUCCUCUUGUGAGUCUUUAAAAGUAGAGAAUGUAGAACUUAAGAGCACCAUUGGAAAAAUUAGGGUAAAAGAGCCUAAGAAACUUUUUCAAGAAGUUAAGAAUGAUAGACCACCUAGAAGAACUAAUAAUCCUAGGGAUAACAAAAUUCAUUUUAGAAAGAAUAAAAGUAACAAGAUAAGACAACCUAGAAUUGACUAGGAUUUUUACAAAUGGUAGAAAUAUUUUGAGACAACCUAGAAACGAGUCCAGAAAUUCAGUUAAUAAUUCUAGAAAUGAUGAUUUUAGAUCACCUAGAAAGUUUUUGGCUCCACCUAGACAUAUGCAUAAUACAAAUGUAGUUUGUCAUUAUUGCUCUAAGAUAGGACACAUAGCACCUGUUUGUUUUACCAAACAUAAGGAUUUGUUUUAUAGCUAUGAUUAUUAUUUUCCUAACCCUCAAGGACCCAAAAGUUUUUGGGUACCUAAAAAUUAUUAUUAGAUGCAUAUGUAGGUGUGUUUGAAGACUACAUUUGUGUAGUGGAUGCUCCAAGCACAAAAUCUAAUUAUUUGCAUCAAGGGGAGUUUGGGGGGAAUUGUUUUGCUAUAAACAUGGCAUCAGUUUCAAGGGGAACAUACAACAAUGAUGUUUUGUAUCAAACAUCAAUGCUCAGGGAGUAUUUUUUUAAAACUUUACUCAGUGCUUUUUGCUAAUGCCAAAAGGGGGAAAUGUUUGGGUAUAUGCAACAAGUGAGGGGGAAUCUUGGUUUCAAAGACGUAGGGGGAAUUACUAUUACUCUCUCUUUGAAAACCCAACUUGGCCUGCAUAUCCCCUCCUUGGUUUGUCAUUAUCAAAAAGGGGAAAAUUGUUGGAAAACAUUUUCACUUUGACAUUUUGCUAAUGACAAUAUUUGUUUCCAUUUGGGUUUUGAUAUUGACAAACCAAGGAGGGGAUAUGCAGGCCAAGUUGGGCUUUCAAUGAGAGAGUAAUGGUAAUUCCCCCUACGCCUUUGAAACCAAGAUUCCCCCUCACUUGUUGCAUAUACCCAAACAACAAGUUCUCCUCUCUAGUAAACACUAGAGGCAUACACAAUCAUCAAGGAGCAACCUUGGAACAACAACAAUCAACUAUUCACCAUAAAAUGGAGUAAAAACUCCCAAAAAUACGGGUCCAAGAACACAGCUAGAAGACCGCCUUCCGGGCACCAUAACGAGAAACUGACUGUGGCAUAUGAAAAGGAGUAUGUGAGGAACAACAUACUAAAAUUUGAGCACGAUCGGACUUUGUUUGGCCUUCGAUCUGGAGGUAAAAAGUUGCUGCUGCACAAAGUGACGAAAAUUCUGUUUCUCCCCUUUUUUCUUGCGUUUUUGCUACUGCUUUUUUUCUUUGCUAGCUACUGCCUUCUCCUCCUCAAGUUGCUGCCUUAUCCUUUUUUUGGUUAGUAGCUACACAACACAAAAAAAUGGGCCACCAAAAAACAUUUGGGCUAAAACUUUACACACACAAAAUAAGCCCAAAUAUAAAAUAGAUGUAAAGUAUUGUCCAAUUUAAAAUUAGACACUUCCUCCAUGUAGGAGGAAUAUUUCCCAAUAGAGUUAAUUGUUGGAAUUGUUGAUUUGGAUGUUGAACUUGGUAUGGGUUGUGUUGGGAUGGAUUCCCAGCCGGUUUCUAGCGAGUCACAGUGGCGGUCCGCCGGCAGUGACGGUAAGCGUGUUGG